GGCGGAGCAGCAUCCACAUCAGGUUACUUUCUGCCUCUCUCUCUGCUCCAGUGUGCUGACAGAGGUGACAGUAACAUGGACGAAACUGAAGCAGCUCAUCCGUGUCACUGCCAGCGGACGGGCUGAAAUAAUCUCUCUCUAGUUAUCUGUCUAUCUAUCUAUCUCUGUGGAUUUCCAGCAUGCUGCAGGUCGACAUGUAUGGACUGAGAAAUCUGUGAAAAGGAUCUCAGACAGGAUGGAGACUCUGAAUUCGUCCCACACUCCUAACGGCAGUGGAGCUGAUAACAGCAGCCUCUUCUCUCGGAGCCCGUACACCACCGUGGAGAUUGUGCUCAUCGUCCUGGUGGCCGGAUCUCUGAGUCUAAUCACAGUCAUCGGCAACAUCCUGGUCAUGCUCUCCAUAAAGGUAAACAGGAACCUGCAGACUGUCAACAACUACUUCCUGUUCAGCCUGGCCUGUGCAGACCUGAUUAUUGGCAUCUGCUCCAUGAACCUGUACACGGUCUAUAUAGUGAUCGGCUACUGGCCCCUGGGAGCCGUGGUGUGCGACCUGUGGCUGGCCGUCGAUUACGUUGUCAGCAACGCCUCCGUCAUGAACCUGCUCAUCAUCAGCUUCGACCGCUACUUCUGCGUCACCAAGCCGCUCACCUACCCGGUGCGCCGCAGCACCAAGAUGGCCGGCCUGAUGAUCGCGGCGGCCUGGGUCUUGUCCUUCAUCCUCUGGGCUCCCGCCAUUUUGUUCUGGCAGUUCAUCGUGGGGGGCAGAACCGUGCCGCCCGACGAGUGCUACAUCCAGUUCUUCUCCAACCCCGCCGUGACCUUUGGGACGGCGAUAGCGGCCUUUUACCUGCCGGUGGCCAUCAUGAUCCACCUUUACUGGCGCAUCUCCAAAGCCAGCCGCAGCCGCAUGAGGCGCGACAGCAGGAAGGCGUCGGGCACCAGCCUGGGAGAAGGUCCGUCCCACAGCCAGGACGAGGGAUGCGACAACAACUGCGUCGCGGCGAAGAGAGUCCAGGAGGCGGCAGCAGACGCGAAGGAGAAGGAGAAGGUUUUGGUGCAGAGGCCCCAGCAGAAUGGAAGCGGCCCCUGCAAGGAAGAGAAAUCCUCCCAGGCGGACUCUACCUCGGACAGCGCUCACGCUUCGACGUCCAAGGUCUCUACUUCGUCACGAAAGAGCUCCAGCUGUGGUAAAGACGCGACGCAGCCCCCUUCGCCUGAGAACUCGGCUGCUGACCGACAAACUCUGGUCACAAAGACGCUGCUGAAGGUGACAAAGCGAGCUGUGAGCGAGAGCGCCGUGGCCAGGUGGAAAAAGAAAGGCAUCUCCUCCAGGGAGAAGAAGGUGACGCGCACCAUCAUGGCCAUCCUGGUGGCGUUUGUCGUCACGUGGACGCCGUACAACGUGAUGGUCCUGAUCAACACGUUCUGCUCCGUCUGCAUCCCCAACACCCUGUGGACCAUCGGCUACUGGCUCUGCUACAUCAACAGCACCAUCAACCCGGCGUGCUACGCCCUGUGCAACACCACCUUCAAGAACACCUUCAAACACCUGCUGCUGUGCCAGUACAAGAAGAUACGAACGGCGCGGUGAGGGGGGGGGAAACAAAGAGAGAUAACAAAUAUCAGAAACAUGUAGUUGUCAAGUAGAAUAGCUGUGGUUGCUGUGCACUUACUCAUUUGCUUUUUCACUGGCAGAACUUAUCCCACAUCUGUUAAAGUGAGUGUUUUUAGUUGUUCCACAAGCCUAACUUUGAAUAACUUCAAUGACGACGUAGCAUUGUAUAUAAUUAUAUAGAUAUUUAUUGAGAUUAACGGACUCAGUAUUGUUGAUAAGAAAAAAAAAAGACAGUUCUUUCUUCUGGGUGUUUUCUUUUUCUCUCUCCUCACACAGAAAUUUGUUUGUUGUUAAUAGUCGUAGUGAUUUUGAUGGUGUUGUGGCCUGAACAGUGACUUUGUUCCGAGAAGUGAAGUCAGGACAAGAAAAAAGACACUGACUGCUUGGAGGGGACACUGGGACGGUUCAGCUGAAGGAGGGACGUGGAGCAGUGAAUCAGGAGAAAACAUCAGAGCCAAUAUGAGGAAUCUGUCUGAAUGAAGCCCGGACUUCAAAUUGAAUUAAGAGCAGAAAAGAGAAUUAGCAGCUGUAAACUGAUAUGUGUGUGUGUGUGUGUGUGUGUGUGUGUGUGUGUGUGUGUGUGUG